AUGUCACAUAGUGCGUCUUUUAUUGUAAAUCUUCGUGUUGGACAUCUGUUAUUUACAUCACCUCAUGUUGUGUCCUAUAUGAUAGGUUAUUUACAUCACCUCAUGGUGUGUCCUAUAUUAUAUGUUGUGUCCUAUAUGUUAGGUUAUUUACACAAUCUCAUGGUGUGUUAUUUACAUCACCUCAUGGUUAUUUACAUCACCUCAUGGUGUGUCCUAUAUGAUAGGUUAUUUACAUCACCUCAUGGUGUGUCCUAUAUGUUAGGUUAUUUACAUCACCUCAUGGUGUGUCCUAUAUGUUAUGGUGUGUCCUAUAUGAUAGGUUAUUUACAUAAUCUCAAAGUGUGUCCUAUAUGA